CGCCGCUCGACGAUCCCAGGCAGCGGGUUGAGUUCAUUCAAAUCAUUUAAAUUUUCUGUUGGUAGAGGAAAAUAGUUUUAUGGGAAAAUUUCCACUCUGGCUGACAAUGCGAAUGCAACAAUGCAGGAUCCAAGCGAGGAAAUGCUGGAUCGCCAUUUCCGACAGCAAGUGGCCCGGUUCCACGAUGUGGAUUAUUACAAGGCCUGUCCGUCUGAUCGCCUCAUAAUGGCCAGUUGGAUGAAGGUAUUUGAUGCGGCGCCACUCUACCAAAAGUUGGCCCGCAAUGGUCUGAUGCUACUGAUCCAUGCCCAUAUCAAAGACUUUGGAAACCUCCGGGCUCCGUUUACGGAUAUAAGAAACUGCAAAAAGGAUCUCAACGAAUUACUAGACAGCUACCGGGGAUUUCCGGAGACGAGUUUUAAGGAUUGCUCCGACAAUCCGCCCUUACUCACCUCACAGAAGACCAUUCCCAGCGCUCCUUUAUCCAAGGAGCAGCCACGCUUGAUGGCUGGCCUACCCACUUCCCGUUCAAGACCACUAUCCCUCAAAAGGACCAACGCCGCCAGUCAGGCCCAUCGAAUGCUGUUUCAGCCCCGUCACUUGGCUCCCAUCACGGAGGAUACGGAGCCCUCGGAAAUGGAUCCCUCCACAAGUAAACACAUGGCAUCCCUAAUCGAAAGAAAGAGUUUCGGUAAAAAGUCUCCAGGCGAGUGCUCGAGUGCCCUUCGGUCCUAUGUGGGUUCUAGUCCUGCAAAGACACAAAACAACCAAAGUGUUAAGCAGAAAAUCUUAAUUUUCGAAAAUGAAAAAAUGCAAGAAACUAAGCCAAUGGGCAAAAAAUCAAGCACCGCGGCCACUGCAAAUGUAAAAUUGGCAGCUCAUCCCAAUGAGAUCUUGACCAGGAGAGCCACAUCCUCAAAGUUGCCGUUACCAGGGCAGGAUCACAGGACAACCCAUAUCCGAACCCAUUUACCUAGACGGUCGAGUGCUGUGAGAAAUUUGAAAAGUUGCUUCCAAGAAAUGGCAGAACGCUUUAGAGACCGUCCUGAAAAUAAGCAGAAACCCUUCUUCGAAACAAAAGCUCCACCUUCAGUGCCGCCAAAAAAAGUUGCGUUUGCUACAAGGGACGCUAUUUUGAUGCCCAGACCCUCUAGAUUUUCUAAGGAUAACGCGAAAUGCAGUGAAAGUCCAGACCCUUUUACCAGAUUAUAUGGCGGGUAUAGUGCGUCAUCCGACGAAGGUCAGAAUGAAAUGCCUGGUGGUUUUUUCAAAACCAAGCCACGACUACCCAGUAUCCUUUGUACUCCGAAAAGUCGCAAUGAAUGUCCUCCGCCGACCGACGCCGAUAUCGAGGCUUUUGAAAUUGGUGCCAAUAAAGCCUUGCAGCGCCUAAAACUCUGGAAAGGAGCUCCAAAUAGCUUAAAUUUCUUCACAACCUGCCUGGACAUAAGCAGCCGGGAGUUUGGAUCAAAGGAAUGGCAAGAUUUGGACAAACAACUAGAGCACGAAUUUAUCCGGUGGAUUCGACGUGGAUCAAAAAAGAAAAUCAAAAGAAGCCGAAGCACGAUCCAGCAGGAAUCGAAUCUUUUCGAGGCCAGCGGAGAACUGAUGUGUUGGGAAAAACUCAAGGAACUGUGUAAGCUUCACGGCAGGGGAAAAGUGAAGUCGGAUGUCCUCCGAAAAGUCACCAAUGCCAUGGAUGAAAAGUGUCAUCAGUUGGAGGAGGAGAUCAAAUCGGUCAAUGGGGAGCACCAGAACUUCGCUCCGUAACGGAUUGCCAGUAUUUGUAUAUUUCCUGGCACCUUUUUUUUGUAAUUUCACCUGCACUUGUAACAACAUUAACCACCCCAGCCAGCGCUGCUCAUUAAUUAAUUUAAAUAGUGCGCUUUAUUAAAUUACAAACGGGGAAAGCAGUACAAAGUAAAGGGGCUGGGAGCGGGGCAGCAAGGACUAAAGCCGGGGAUGACUACACAAUAAACAAACAACCUACUCGUAAA